AUGGCAUAUGCUACGACUACCUCCCCGGCCAUAGAUGCCGACCCACAAUCCAACUUAAAACUUGCGACCUCUCUCCCUCAACAACAUUCUCUACACCAUGUUGUCGGAUCCCUACCCUCUGGCCUUCCCCAGCCUUCCAUACCAUCCAUCACCUCGUCUCCGACAUCUACCCCUACCUCAUCCUUCCCUGCCCCCGACACACCUAAUGCUUUCACGCCUGCUGGAACUCCCUCACAACUUGCCAGCGAAGGGCUCCGUGGCCGAGUGAAUGGUUACACCUUGCCUACGCCAGGCCCACUCGAACUUGGCGAGUCGAUAAUGGCCAUCCCCGGAAGCACAAAUGCCGGCACUUUGAAUGAUGCUUCGUCCACCACCAAGGCGCCAGGCCUCAUGCGAAGAAUCUCAAGAGGUGCCGCCAACAAACUUACUCGCCGGAGGCAGUCGGCCAGCCAGAAUGACAAGCGGGACCGAAGCACCGGACCCAUCAUCAUACGCCGACGCAGUGACAGCAAAACUGGCCCUCAGCCUGUUCGAGACAGCGCCCUUGACUCGAGCAAUGAGGACGAAACCAGCGAAGCCUUGGAUAAUCUUGGCGCAUGGGGUGGCUCUGAGCCAUCCAGCCUUCGGAGCGAGAGCCGCAUGAACAUGGCUCGCGAGGCUGGUCCUAUGCCUGCCGUUGCCGUCGCACCCAAAGUGGAUUCUGCCGUGCAGCGAGGCACCGUCCUGACCAAGGUCACCAGGAAGCGCAGAAAGCAAGUGCGCUUUUUCCUAGAUCUAGAUGCUGCCAAGGUCUUCUGGGAUGUGUCGAACCCGGCCAAGCGCUUCUAUAUCGAUGAUAUCAAGGAAAUCCGCGUUGGCUCCGACGCCCGCAACUACCGGGAAGAACACCAGGUCCCAGAAGAUCUAGAGCGCCGCUGGUUCACCAUUGUCAUUGCGGAUUCUGACCGCUCCAAGGGCCGAACGGUCAAGACCUUGCAUCUUAUCGCUCCCAGUGACCGUAUCCUUGACCUGUGGAUCACCACUCUUGAGCACAUUUCCCGGUACAGAAUCGAUCUCAUGUCUGGUCUGGCAGGUUCCAGUCAGAGCGAGGCUGUUCUCCAGGCACACUGGCAGCGCGAGAUGUCGAGGCUGUACCCACAGGGACCUCCUCCAGCAGAGAAUCAAAGCCUUGACCUCGCCGCUGUGGAGAAGGUCUGCCGCAGCCUGCACAUCAACUGUUCCAAGAAUAUGCUUCGGGCACAGUUCACCAAAGCCGAUGCUGCCCGCAACGGGAAGUUGAAUUUCUCUGAAUUCAAGGAUUUCCUCCUGCGGCUAAAGGAACGAAAGGAUGUCAAAGAGAUCUUCAAGCUUCACACCGCAAACUCCAAGGAAGGCAUGACUCAGGCGGAGUUCUUGACCUUCCUUCGUGAUGUGCAGAAUGAGGACAUCGAGGCUGACCGCACGUACUGGACUGCAUUGUUUGACAAGUAUGUCCGACGGGCUUCGAAAUCUCGUACUCCGUCUGCAGAAGGAUCGGAACUUCCUCCGCCCAUGUCGCUGAUGAACCUGACUGCGUUCUCUUCCUUCUUGGCUUCGUCCGCCAAUGGAAUCUACGCGUCACGUGCGCCCCAGUCAAGAUUCGACCGGCCCCUCAAUGAGUACUUCAUCUCCAGCUCGCAUAACACCUAUCUCCUAGGCCGCCAGGUGGCUGGUGCCUCAAGCACCGAAGCCUAUGUCAGCGCGCUUCAGCAAGGAUGCCGUUGCCUGGAGAUCGACUGCUGGGAUGGCGCAGAUGGUCGGCCCAUUGUAUCCCACGGUCGGACUCUGACAACCAGCGUGCUGUUUGCUGAUUGCAUCACUGUCAUCAACCGGUAUGCUUUCAUCUCUUGUGACUUUCCCCUCAUUCUCUCACUCGAGGUGCACUGCAAUCCGGAACAACAGCUGGCAAUGGUCAAGAUCAUGAAGGAUGCAUUCAAGGAUCAGCUCAUCCUUGAGCCUUUGAUGACCAACUGCUACAUCCUGCCUUCGCCUGAAGAGCUCAAGGGUCGUAUUCUGGUCAAAGUCAAAACUUGCGACGAACCCGACUUUGAUCCUCGUCAGGACACCGUCAGUUCUGUUGGCACUCACGGCCGCAAGCGCAGUGCUAGUACGCCAUUCGUGCGGCCGACACUCGUAGAGGCUCACACCAUGCCUCUUCCCUCGCUUUCAAGCCCCCCUACCAUUGGACCUGUCGAUGGCAUCGGCCCUCUGAUCACUCAGGAUAGACGUUCCCUUACUGCCACCAGUAUGAGCAGUGCCACGGAUGACAGUGACAGCGCUCUGGUUUCUGUUCACACCGACAAGAAGAAGAAGCGGCGCCAGAAGAGCAAGAUCACAAAGCCUCUUUCUGACUUGGGCGUCUAUACCCGCGGCUACAAGUGGCGCAGCUUCUCCUCCCCAGAGAGCCGGCGAUACAAUCACAUUUACUCAUUUGCGGAAAGAUCUUUCGAGAAUAUCUGUCAAAAUCAUGAUAACAAGGUUGCGCUGGAAGCACACAACCGCAGGUACCUCACACGGGUCUACCCUUCCGGAUUCCGACUGCGUUCAUCCAACUUCGAUCCAAAUAAGUUCUGGCGUCGUGGAGUGCAAAUGGUAGCAUUGAACUGGCAGACUUACGACAUCGGCAUGCAAAUGAAUCAGGCUAUGUUUGCCGCUGGUACCGAUCGCACUGGCUACAUUCUCAAACCCGAGAGCCUUCGCCUUCCAGCAAUUGGCGAUGGAAACCAGAAGCGCAAGAUGGAGCGCAAACUGGUUCGAUUCUCCGUCAAUGUCGUCUCGGCGCAGCAGCUCCCUCGUCCGCGCACCAUCGGCCAGGAUGACAACAUCAAUCCAUACGUCGAGAUCGAGAUGUUCAGUGCUGACGAUCGCGGCCAGAGUUUCGUUCUCGGUGAGGGUGGCAUGGAUGCCUCUGCACGCAACGGUAUGUCCGGCAUCGGAUACCCGCACCGUCGCCGCACCAAGAUCGAACAAAGCAACGGCUACAGCCCGGUCUUCAACGAUAAGUUCAAGCUGUCCCUGGAAACCAAAUAUCCCGACCUCGUCUUUGUGCGAUGGACCGUCUGGAGUUCAAUGGACGGUCGCAGCGCAGGAAACAACAACAGCGUGCAGCUCGCAACUUUCACUGCCAAGCUCACCAGUCUUUCCCAAGGCUACCGCUACCUGCCUCUGUACGAUGCCAGUGGCGACCAGUACUUGUUCUCGACUCUCUUCUGCAAGAUCUCGAAGGAAGAUCCUGUCUCCGUCCAGCGUUUGGAUCUUGAAGAGCUCCGCGCUGAACGAAUGGGCAUCCUCCGCCAAAUCGGCCAGACUGUCUUCAAGCGCUCAUCGUCGGCAGAGCGCGAACGGGAAGCUCAGGACCGCAGUGAUCCUGUCAGCCCCGAAGACAGGGACAGCUCUCCCACUCUGACACCGACUGUGUCAACAACCUCGGCCUCAUCAUACAUACCAUGA